GGGAAUGUUCCAAAUAAGCGUUGCCGGCAGAAGGGUAGGGUAAGGCUGUAAUAUCGCAUCGCAUCGCAUCGCAUCGUAUCGUAUCGCAUCGACGAGAUCAGUUAAUGACAAAACCACCCGCGACAGCGCAGGUGAGGGAUGGUAUCGUGCGCUUGGACGGGUGAACUGGCCUCGCUCCUCGCCCUGCCCUCUCCAUACGCCACCAGCCGCUGUCAACCAACAUCCCUUGACUUGCGGUACAACCCUGCUCUAUACUUAUUACAGAGAGGCAUGUAUGUAUGUGAGUACCUAUCUCCCUUCACAACACCUGUCCGUGAAUGUAUAUAUAUGUACCCACAUACGUUCGACGAUACUACACCUACAUAUAGGUAGGUAUGUAUAUGGUCCCCUUCC